AUGACCUGCAGACUUCCAGGCCCGUGAAUUAGUGCUGUAAGCAAUCCCGGUGAGUCUUUUGAAGUUUACGAUGAGAAGACUAGUUUCUCAGUUGAGUGGAGAACCGAAGUUUCCUGCUUCUAAGAAAUUGAAGAUCCGCAUAGGAAUGGCCCGUCCCAGUUCAAGUAUGGCAGAUUUCCGAGAAGCUUUUGCAAAGGCAAAGCACGUAGCUAUUUCAGGGGCUGGGGUCAGUGCCGAGAGUGGAGUUCCAACUUUCAGGGGAGCUGGCAGAUUCUGGAGAAAAUGGCAAGCCCAGGACCUGGCCACCCCCUUGGCCUUUGCCAAAAACGCCUCUCGGGUGUGGGAGUUCUACCACUACUGGCGGGAGGUGAUGCUGAGCAAAAUCCCGAACCCAGGGCACCUGGCCAUCUCGGAAUGCGAGGCCCGGCUCGGCAAGCAGGGGCGGCGCAUUGUGCUCCUCACCCAGAUCAUUGACGAGCUGCACCGCAGGGCGGGCACCAAGAUCCUGGAAAUACACGGGAGUUUAUUCAAAACCCGAUGCACCAGCUGUGGGAACGUGUCCAAGAAUUACAAAAGUCCAAUAGGCCCGGCUUUAGCAGGCAAAGGGGCUCCGGAACCUGAAAUUCAAGAUGCCAGGAUCCCAGUAGAAAAUCUGCCCCUAUGUGAAGAAAAAGGUUGCAGUGGCCUGCUUCGACCCCACGUGGUGUGGUUUGGAGAGAAUCUGGAUCCUGACCUCUUGGAAGAGGUAGACGAAGAGCUCGCCCUCUGCGAUUUAUGUUUAGUGGUGGGAACCUCAUCGGUGGUCUACCCUGCUGCGAUGUUCGCCCCCCAGGUGUCUGCUAGAGGUGUGCCAGUGGCAGAAUUUAACAUGGAAACGACACCCGCCAUGGAUCAAUUCAGAUUUCACUCGGGGCCUUGUGGAGCCACACUACCUGCAGCCCUCGCCCGGCACGAGACUGAAACAGUUUCUUGAACACUUAUCCUGGAAUGGAGGAAAACAAAA